UUUCAGAUGGCAGCAAUGUGGUUGGAACUGAAGAGAACAGUUUUGACCGCAGCUAUGUAAAAAAGAAAUUGGAACAUGGACUUUCACGAAUAUGGCAGGAUGUUCAAUUGAAAGUGAAAACAUAUCUUCUGGGAACAGAUUUGUCUAACUUCAAGUAUGAUGACUUCAUAUUCGUCCUUGAUGUUACCAGCAGGCUAAUGCAAGUUGGAGAAGAAUUUUGUGGCAGUAAGUCUGAAGUUUUGCAAGAAUCUAUCCGAAGACAAAGUGUUAAUUAUUUCAAAACAUACCACAGAACUCGUCUUGAAGAACUAAGAAUGUUUUUGGAGAAUGAGACCUGGGAACUUUGUCCAGUUAAAUCAAGCUUUAGUAUUCUGCAGCUUCAUGAAUUUAAGUUCAUGGAGCAGUCACGUUCCCCAUCUGUGUCACCCAGCAAGCAACCUGCUUCAGCAAUUGCGUCAACCGUGACGUUGUUUGAGCAGUACUGUAAUGGAGGAAACCCAUUUGAAAUUCAGGCUGACAGCAAAGAUGAUGAGACAGAAGACGUGUUAGCUUCCAAUGGGUAUGAAUCAGAUGAACAAGAAAAAAGUGCAUAUCAAGAGUAUGAUAGCGACAGCGAUGUCCCUGAAGAGUUGAAAAGAGAUUAUGUGGAUGAGCAGACAGGAGAUGCCCCUGUGAAAAGUGUUUCUCGAGAAACUCUGAGGAGCAGAAAAAGAUCGGAUUAUAACCUCAAUAAAGUGAAUGCACCUAUUCUAACAAACACUACACUGAAUGUAAUAAGGCUUGUUGGGAAAUACAUGCAAAUGAUGAAUAUUCUGAAACCAAUUGCGUUUGAUGUGAUCCACUUCAUGUCCCAGCUCUUCGAUUACUAUCUGUAUGCUGUCUAUACGUUUUUUGGCCGAAAUGACACGUUUGAAUCAACAGGACUGGGCCUCAGUAGCAGCAGGCUACGCACCACACUGAACAGAAUCCAGGAGAGUCUGAUUGAUCUGGAGGUCUCUGCUGAUCCUGCAGGAACUCUCACAGCUGCUGAAGAGAGAAAAGAGAAGGUGCCAAGCCCCCAUCUCAGUCAUCUCGUUGUUUUGACAUCUGGCAAUUCACUGUAUGGUUUGGCAGAGAGAGUGGUGGCCACAGAAUCCUUGGUAUUUCUGGCUGAGCAGUUUGAAUUUCUUCAACCUCAUCUUGAUGCAGUGAUGCCAGCUGCCAAGAAGCCUUUUCUUCAGCAGUUCUAUUCUCAGACAGUGUCAACUGCCAGUGAACUGCGUAAACCAGUUUAUUGGAUUGUUGCUGCUAAAGCCAUUGAUUAUGAACAAAUGCUGCUUCUCAUGGCUAAUGUGAAAUGGGAUGUGAAGGAAAUCAUGUCACAGCACAAUGUAUAUGUAGAUGCUCUUUUAAAGGAAUUUGAAGAAUUUAACAGAAGGUUGAAUGAGGUGUCUAAGAGAGUCCGUAUUCCACUGCCAGUCUCCAACAUCCUUUGGGAACACUGUAUACGCUUGGCCAAUAGAACUCUUGUGGAAGGUUAUGCCAAUGUAAAGAAGUGCAGCAAUGAAGGACGUGCCUUGAUGCAACUGGACUUUCAACAAUUCUUAAUGAAACUAGAAAAGUUAACAGACAUCAGGCCUAUUCCAGAUAAAGAAUUUGUGGAGACCUACAUUAAAGCAUACUACCUAACAGAAAAUGACAUGGAACGCUGGAUAAAGGAACAUAGGGAAUAUUCCACUAAGCAGUUGACCAAUCUGGUGAAUGUUUGUCUGGGCUCCCACAUCAACAAAAAGGCAAGACAGAAGCUAUUAGCUGCCAUUGAUGACAUAGACAGGCCUAAAAGAUAACUGGAGAAAGCUGCUUUCCUUGUGACUUGAACCUUUUUUUGUUCAUGUGAAGCAUGCAGACAAGUCUUUCAUGGACUAAUGGCAACAUUAAAAAUGUUGUGCAUGACUUUUCUUACCAGCAUUGGAGGCACUCUGAAGUGACAUAAUAUUCAAAGAUAUGACUUUUCUAAUCUGUAGAAUUCUCUUCUGUUGUAUUUCUUUUUUGUUACUUGCCCUUAGUAAAGGGCCACUGUUUGUGUAUCACUGGUGAGCUGUAUAUUUUGCAAAACUGUAUACUGUAAGUAAAAUCAAAAUCAGAGAGAAACAGAUUGGCUUAAUAUAUCAUAGAUGCUCUUUCUAAAUAAAAGGGCUGCUUGAAAAUAUAAUUUCUUUCCUCCCUGCUUUCACCCUCAGAAAUAGUGAUUUAUUAUGGACCAGUGUAAAAUGAAAGGAAAUGUACAGUAUUUGAUUGAUGUAUCCUGCAUGUGGGUUAAGAGUGCUGAUCAACUAAAUACUCUCAUGUUGAAGCCCCUCAUUCAUAUGUAUUUCAAAAAAUGUCUGGUUAUUUCAGAAUUAAUUCAGUCAUAUCAAAAUUAUUGACUCCAGAUUAAUAGAAGGUAAUAAAUACUGUA